UUCUCGCAGGAAAAAAAAUGUGUUAUGUUUUUCGGUGGUGUAAAUAGAUGCGAGGUUAUUUGGGUAAAAACCCCCUCCCUUCCGCCGCUCGUUUUCCCCGCAAGCGAUCGAUAUUUUAAAGAACCAAAAGAUCUGUCGGUGAACUUCUUGUCGGAUUUCUCCAUCUCCGACCACGUGCUACGUAUAUCAGAGUCGUUCAGAAUGAGCCGACCACAAGAUCCUCCACGUGGUUUCUUUCCCUUUGGAAACCCCUUCAGGAUGUUAUCUCCAAAGGGCUCAGAUUUGUCUCCGUGGCUGCUUUCUCUGUUGAACACCUUUGAGUCUGUCUUGUCAGAGAGGCUUAAGAAACUUAUGCCCAAGAACAAGGAUGACAUCCUCACCAUAUCCUGGAUGAAGCUGGCUAUGGAGUCAUUGCGUGAGACUCAUAGUGACAUAAAGAUCAUCAUAACUGAUCUCCAGCUUCCUGUAUCUGAUUGGGAGGAUAAAUGGAUAGAUGUUUACUUGGACAUUAGUGUGAAAUUGCUGGAUCUCUGUAAUACUUUCAGCUCUGAGCUCACACGUCUCAACCAAGGAAAUCUUUUCCUACAGUGUGCCAAACACAGCCUAGAAUCCCUUUGUGCAGAGAAGUACGUCCGUGCCCGGUCUUCCCUUGAUAGUUGGAGGCAACACGUUUUCGCAAAAAACCCUCGAAUCGAAAAUUGUCGUGCAGUUCUGCACUGCCUUCUUGAAUCCCUGAAUAUGCCUAAAGUCAAGAAUUCGGCCAAAGGAAAGGUUCUUAUGCAGGCUCUUUACGGUGUCAAGGUUCAUACAGUUUAUAUCUGCAGUGUUUUCGUCACGGGAUUUUCGGGCUCAACAGAAGAUCUCCUGGCUUUGUCUGUCUCUGACAAACCACUGUGGGCUAAGGCAUUCUCUGAUCUGCAGACUGCUGUAAAUGCAGACAUCGGAAACAUAGUUUCCUCUGGUGGAUCCACAGUUCUGAAAGAGCUGGAUGCCAUUGACGGCAAUGUCAAGAAGCUGUAUCCCAUGAUCCAAGAAGGAAUGAGUCCUAUCGAAGUAGAACCAUUUGAGGAAUCUGUUCUGGAACUGGGAAAGAACGCAGAGGGAUUCUCGCAAGGGCUGGAUUGGCUAACAGAGGAAGUCGACGAGUUCUUCAACAUAAUCCUAAGUGGCCGAGAUGCUUUGCUCAGUAAUCUCAGAUCAACAGAUUCCGGCUCUAACUCCGCAGUAGGAAGAAAUUUAGAACAGGCAGUGAGCUAACAGCAAUUGAUCCAAAACAACUACAUAGUUAGAGGGUGUGAAAGCAUGCAUUUGUAAUAGCCAUUAAGUGGUAAUAGUUUGCUCUAUAUGCUUAACGUUUGUUUGUAUUAGAGAUGUCCUGUAAUGGUGAAACCUUUGGCCUCGUCUUUCAUGGAAAUAUCUAAAACUUGGUUUUGAGAA